GGCAGGGUGUGAAAAGUCCAUUUUCCCUGGAGAACGCGAUAGCAUAAGCUGGUUCUCCCACAAGGGCGGGGAAGCCUGAAUUCUACAGUGCCGGACUCCUGCUUGGAUUUGGAGAACAGCUUCCCGUUUUUGUCACCGGGAAGUUAUUUGCUUCAAAGUUUCCAAACGAGGCAUUUGUGAUGGGUGAUCCUCUACCUCCUGCUUCCUCAGGUAUGGCCUCACAUGUGCAAGUUUUCUCCCCUCACACCCUUCAAUCAAGUGCCUUCUGUAGCGUGAAGAAACUGAAAGUAGAGCCGAGUUCCAACUGGGACAUGACCGGGUACGGCUCCCACAGCAAAGUGUACGGCCCGAGCAAGAACGCGCCACCGUCCCAGCCAGCCGCCGCGACCGUCAGCGCCUCCCUGCCCAUCCCCAACCCCAGCCUCCCGUACGAGCAGACCAUCAUCUUCCCAGGAAGCACCGGGCACAUUGUCGUGACCUCAGCCAGCAGCACUUCCGUCUCCGGGCCCGUCCUCGGCGGACCGCACAACCUCAUGCGUCGCAGCACUGUGAGCCUUCUUGACACCUACCAAAAAUGUGGACUCAAGCGGAAGAGUGAGGAGAUCGAGAACACGAGCAGCGUGCAGAUCAUCGAAGAGCAUCCACCCAUGAUUCAGAACAAUGCGAGCGGGGCCACCGUAGCCACUGCCACCACCUCGACUGCCACCUCCAAAAACAGCGGCUCCAACAGCGAGGGGGAUUACCAGCUGGUCCAGCAUGAGGUGCUGUGCUCCAUGACCAACACGUACGAGGUCUUAGAGUUCCUGGGCCGAGGGACGUUUGGGCAAGUGGUCAAGUGCUGGAAACGGGGCACCAACGAGAUCGUGGCCAUCAAGAUCCUGAAGAACCACCCGUCGUACGCCCGCCAAGGCCAGAUCGAGGUGAGCAUCCUGGCGCGUCUGAGCACAGAGAGCGCCGACGACUACAACUUCGUCCGCGCCUACGAGUGCUUCCAGCACAAGAACCACACGUGCUUGGUGUUCGAGAUGCUGGAGCAGAACCUCUAUGACUUUCUGAAGCAGAACAAGUUCAGCCCCUUGCCCCUCAAGUACAUUCGCCCGGUCCUCCAGCAGGUUGCCACCGCCCUGAUGAAACUGAAAAGUCUAGGUCUUAUCCAUGCCGACCUCAAACCGGAGAACAUCAUGUUGGUGGAUCCAUCCAGACAGCCGUACAGGGUGAAGGUCAUCGACUUCGGUUCUGCCAGUCACGUGUCCAAGGCUGUGUGCUCCACCUACCUACAGUCUAGAUAUUACAGGGCCCCUGAGAUCAUCCUGGGUUUACCAUUUUGUGAGGCAAUUGACAUGUGGUCUUUGGGCUGCGUCAUCGCAGAGCUGUUCCUGGGCUGGCCGCUAUAUCCAGGAGCUUCAGAGUACGAUCAGAUCCGGUAUAUUUCACAAACACAGGGUUUGCCAGCAGAAUAUUUAUUAAGCGCAGGGACAAAGACAACUAGGUUUUUCAACCGGGACACGGACUCGCCGUAUCCUCUGUGGAGGCUGAAGACACCAGAUGACCAUGAAGCAGAGACGGGGAUUAAGUCAAAAGAAGCAAGGAAGUACAUUUUCAACUGUUUAGAUGACAUGGCCCAGGUGAACAUGACGACAGAUUUGGAAGGGAGUGACAUGUUGGUGGAGAAGGCGGACCGGCGGGAGUUCAUCGACCUGCUGAAGAAGAUGCUGACCAUAGAUGCCGAUAAGAGAAUCACUCCAAUCGAGACCCUGAACCACCCCUUCGUCACCAUGACGCACUUACUCGACUUUCCCCACAGCACACACGUCAAAUCAUGUUUCCAGAACAUGGAGAUUUGCAAGCGUCGGGUGAACAUGUAUGACACGGUGAACCAGAGCAAAACCCCUUUCAUCACGCACGUGGCCCCCAGCACAUCCACCAACCUGACCAUGACCUUCAACAACCAGCUGAACACUGUCCACAACCAGGCUCCCACCUCCACCAGUGCCACUCUUUCCCUAGCCAAUCCCGAGGUCUCCAUACUAAACUACCAAUCUGCACUCUGCCAGCCCUCAGCGGCAUCCAUGGCCGCGGUGGCCCAGCGGAGCAUGCCCCUGCAGACGGGAGCCGCCCAGAUCUGCGCUCGGCCCGACCCCUUCCAGCAAGCACUCAUCGUGUGUCCACCCGGCUUCCAAGGAUUGCAGGCCUCUCCCUCUAAACAUGCUGGCUACUCUGUACGAAUGGAAAAUGCCGUUCCCAUCGUCACUCAAGCCCCAGGAGCUCAGCCUCUUCAAAUCCAACCAGGUCUGCUUGCCCAGCAGGCCUGGCCAAGUGGGACCCAGCAGAUCCUGCUUCCCCCAGCGUGGCAACAGCUGACCGGCGUGGCCACGCACACUUCGGUGCAGCACGCAACUGUGAUUCCCGAGACCAUGGCCGGCACCCAGCAGCUGGCCGACUGGAGGAACACACAUGCUCAUGGCAGCCAUUACAAUCCCAUCAUGCAGCAGCCUGCAUUGUUGACUGGUCAUGUGACCCUUCCAGCAGCUCAACCCUUAAAUGUGGGCGUGGCCCACGUGAUGCGGCAGCAACCUACCAGCACCACCUCCUCCCGGAAGAAUAAGCAACACCAGUCCUCUGCGAGAAACGUCUCCACCUGUGAGGUGUCCUCCUCUCAGGCCGUCAGCUCCCCGCAGCGGUCCAAGCGCGUCAAGGAGAACACGCCGCCACGCUGCGCCCUGGUGCACAGCAGCCCCGCCUGCAGCUCGUCCGUCACGUGCGGCUGGGGCGACGGGGCCUCCAGCACCACCAGGGAGCGGCAGCGGCAGACGAUCGUCAUCCCCGACACCCCCAGCCCCACGGUCAGCGUCAUCACCAUCAGCAGCGACACGGACGAGGAGGAGGAGCAAAAGCACGCCCCCACCAGCACUGUCUCCAAGCAGAGAAAAAACGUCAUCAGCUGUGUCACGGUCCACGACUCUCCCUACUCCGACUCCUCUAGCAACACCAGCCCCUACUCCGUGCAGCACCGCGCCGGGCACAACGCCACCACCUUCGACACCAAGGGGAGCCUGGAGCCGCACUGCACGGGGAACCCCCGGACCAUCAUCGUGCCCCCCCUGAAAACCCAGGCCAGCGAGGUGCUGGUGGAGUGUGACAGCCUGGGGCCAGUCAACACCAGUCACCAUUCGUCCUCCUUCAAGUCCAAGUCCUCCAGCAACGUGACCUCCACCAGCGGUCACUCUUCAGGGAGCUCGUCUGGAGCGAUUGCCUACCGGCAGCAGCGGCCAGGACCACACUUCCAGCAGCAGCAGCCUCUCAAUCUCAGCCAGGCUCAACAGCACAUCGCCGCAGACCGCACCGGGAACCACCGACGGCAGCAGGCCUACAUCACUCCCACGAUGGCCCAGGCUCCAUACUCCUUCCCGCACAACAGCCCCAGCCACGGCACUGUGCACCCCCACCUGGCCGCAGCUGCCGCCGCCGCCCACCUCCCCGCCCAGCCCCACCUCUACACCUACACGGCGCCCGCGGCCCUGGGCUCCACGGGCACCGUGGCCCACCUGGUGGCCUCCCAAGGCUCGGCGCGUCACACCGUGCAGCACACUGCCUACCCGGCCAGCAUCGUCCACCAGGUCCCCGUGAGCAUGGGUCCCCGGGUCCUGCCCUCACCCACCAUCCACCCGAGUCAGUAUCCAGCCCAGUUUGCCCACCAGACCUACAUCAGCGCCUCUCCAGCCUCCACAGUCUACACUGGAUACCCACUGAGCCCGGCCAAGGUCAACCAGUACCCUUACAUAUAAACACUGGAAGGGGAGGGGACGGGAGGGAGGAUGGCCAGAGGGAGAGGAGGAGGGAUGGAGAGGGGAGCUGGGGCUUUUGUACUGAAGAUGCCGCACAGAAACAAUGCAAACGGGCAGGGGUGGGGGGCAGGGGGCAGGGACGGGACACAGAUGAAACUUGAACUAGGAAGUAGGAGGACUGAGAGCGGAGGAGAGAACAUUUUGAAAAGGAAGGGAUUUAAGGAAGGGGGAAAAUCUAUGCUUUUUAUUUUAAAAAAGAAAAAGGAAAAAAAAAUAAAAAUAAAACAUCAGUAACAAAACAA